CUCAAUAUUUUAGGUGUGAAUUUGCCGGUAUUUGAAAGUUUCCAAAAUGGUGUUGAUACUUAUGAGUUGGCAGGCUUAGCCAGAGGUGGUCAACAACUUGCUAAGUUGAAAAAGAACUAUGCCAAAGCUAUUCACUUGCUUGUGGAUCUGGCUUCUUUACAAACCUCUUUUAUAACUUUGGAUGAAGUCAUCAAAGUUACCAAUAGGAGAGUUAAUGCUUUGGAACACGUUGUUAUUCCUAAAAUUGAGAGAACAAUUGCCUACAUCACUUCAGAGUUAGAUGAAAGGGAAAGAGAAGAGUUUUAUCGCUUAAAGAAAAUCCAAGGAAAGAAAAAAAUUAUGAGGGCUGAAAAUGAAAAAAGAAAGGAAGCUUUGAAAGCUGCUGGAGUUGAAGUGGAUUCUGCACCUAAUUUGCUUGCAACAGACGAUGACAGUGAUGUACUAUUCUAGUCGUUUUUAGAAAACAGUCUAUAUGUUUAAUUUAUGAAAUUUAAUCAGAUUUUAUAAUAGCUGUUGUCAAAGGGAACUUUUUUGAAUUUAUUAUUAGAGGUGUAUAUAUUCUAGACAUUUUUGGCACAGCUGAUACUCAAAUCAUUAUUCAAUGUUUGAAAUAUCUUAUGUCUGUCUCAAUACAAAUGAUUGUAAUGUAUAUUAUGUUAAAAGGAAUUAUUGAAACAGUAAGCAACUUUCUAUUUCUAAUCAUUUUUUUGUUACAUUGACUAUUAAACGGAAUAUGUGUCAAAUGUUUUUGUAUAAUUUUGUUUCAUUUUCUACUCUUUAAUUGGUAUUUUGAUUUUAUCUAUUUGUAAUUAUAUACCUUUCCAUUUUUGUUUCAAUUUUAGCUCAUGCUUUGAAUGUUAAGAUAGUCUGUGUAUGUUAAAUUAUUUAAAUUGUACUGCAUGCAUAUUAUAUUGAUCAUUUUUAGUUUACAAAUAUGUCGUAAAUUUAUGUUUUAAAUUGAUAUUAAAUUAUCGGAAAUUUUAUAAAUUACCAUUACAGCAUAAGAUAUUUUUAUCUGUGUAUUCUUUAUUUUAUCUUGUAUUCUAUUUUCAAAAAAAGAAGUGUUUGUCAAUUAAAAUAUUAAUAGAAUUUUUUCUUUCUGCUCAUUUCUUAAAAAAAUAUAUAUAGCACAUGUCAGCAAAUUUGUUCUACAGAACCCUAGGUUCCCAUGAAGGGGUCACAGAAGUUCCAAGAAUCAGAACAAUUUUUAAAUCCAUAAUGAUUUUUGAAAUCUGUAAUUACAAAUAUAUAUAAUCCAAUAAUCCAUUGUUCGUUUGAUAUUUUGGUUAUUUUAAAACAGUUAAGUAAAAUGCCAGUUAAUUGAAAUGAAUAUAUAUACAUUACAUACAUAUACGGUGAAACCUCUCCGGAGUGACCACUCUUUGUUCCAUAGUAAUAUGGUCGUAAAUGGAGGUUGGUCAUUCUUAAAGGUUACUACCAUUCAAUUCAAAAGGUAUAUGAUUUUUCGCAAGCGAUUUUAAUUUUAUUCAAUGUCAAUUUCUUGGUACGGAAAUGCCACUUGUGUUGGCGAGGGUUGUUUGUAUGAAAUGUUAAUUUUUUUUUUAAUAACUUCCUUUUUCUAAUUUAACUUUUAAUUCUAAAUUUAAUUAUUUUUGGAACUAUCUUUAUUUGAAUCUUAAUUUAAGUUAAUUAUUUUUAAUUAAAUUUAUCAUACAUUAAGAAAAAAAUUUUAAAUUACAGCAUAGUAUUGUUUUAUUAAGCUUAUUGUAUUGUUGUAUAUAGUAUUGUUGUUUUAUUAAGCUUAGAGACUAAAAUAAAACAUUCGACAAUUA